AUGGGUGUCUGGAACUAUCCUGCAUCUGUUUUGUUUGGCUCUUGUUUUGAAUGGUUGAAAACAUUGCCUGAAUGCAUAAGAUCCUUUAUACAGUAUCCUAAUUAGACUAUAUCACAGGACACGGAUACUCCAAAUGCAGUAGCCUUUCAUGGCUGUUUGUGGAUAUGGAUUUUCAACAUAUUACAUAGUUUAUAGAAUUUUGUUGAUGCACCAAGGAGGAUUUGAAUAGCCGAUAGGACCACCUUAAGCAGGUCUCUGAUGUCAACGUCAAUGAGAGGAGACUCCAGUUUUACAGCGCUACUCUGACCGGAGUAUGGUUUGCCGUUUGAAAUGUUCAUCUUCGCACCAGUCUCUCUGCACUUUUCGUCUUUCCCCCUGUUGAUGGGUAUUUCAGUCUGCAAUACAAGUCUAUUAGGCUGUUGCAUGGCACUUUGAGAGACGACCUGUGCCAAAUCUCUUGACAAGAAAAAGGUCCACCCUCUGAGGAGAGAAGGAGAGCGCCAUUGGACCCCCACGUGACAGCGACUGGCCCUCCCCUAGGAAGAGACGCGUUGGUCUGAUUCCACGGAGACGCCGAAUCUGCAGCCACGUCAAUCACGUCUUCACCACUGGCUGCGGGACGGCCUGGGUGGCCGGGAUGCCACUGUGUGCCCUGCCAGUCCACGGUGGAUCCUGAAGGGCAGGAGGACGGAGUGGUGGGGACGGAGUGUAGCAGGCUGGGAGGGCACCACGCGUCUGGAGACAUGAACCUCUGCUGGAACGAGAUCAAACGCAAGUCCCUCAACAUCCGGGUGCGGCUUGAGGCGUUCUCAGACAACAGUGGGAAGCUGCAGCUCUCCCUGCAGGAGAUCAUAGAAUGGCUGACGGCCAAGGACGAGGAGCUGUCAGAGCAGCUGCCCAUAGGGGGUGACGUGGGGGCCGUCCAACACCAGAGGGAGUUCCACCAGGUAUUCAUGGAGGAUGUCAAGUCUCGGGGGCCGUUCAUCUACUCUGUGCUGGAGUCUGCGCAGGCCUUCUUGGCACAGCACCCCUUCCAGGAGCCCGAGGAGACGCUGCCCGACGGAAAAGAAGUGUCUCCGAGGAAGCGGAUCCUGAACGUAAGUCGUUCAGUGUGGAAGCAGGCCAACGUGGCCAGUGACCUGUGGGAGAAGCUGACUGCCCGCUGCGUGGACCGACACAGGCACAUGGAGCGGACCCUGGAGCGCCUGCUGCAGACCCAGGCAGCCAUGGAGGAGCUGGCGGUGGCCCUAGAACAGGCUGAGGGGGUCCGGGAUGCAUGGGAGCCUGUAGGGGACCUCUUCAUCGACUCACUGCAGGACCACAUCGAUGCCACCAAGUUGUUUAAGGAGGAGCUAACUCAGGUGAAGGAAGGCAUGAAGCACAUCAAUGACCUGGCUCAUGAGCUGGCCAUUUCUGAUGUCCAUUUGUCCAUGGACAACGCCCACUCCCUGGAGCACCUCAACAGCCGCUGGAAACUACUGCUGGGCUCCAUUGAAGAGCGUCUGAAGCAGCUGCAGGAUGCCCAUAGAGACUUUGGUCCUGGAUCCCAGCACUUCCUCUCCAGUUCAGUGCAGAUACCCUGGGAACGCGCCAUCUCUCCAAACAAAGUGCCCUACUACAUCAACCAUCAGGGCCAGACGACAUGCUGGGAUCAUCCAAAAAUGACGGAGCUGUACCAGGCACUGGCGGAUCUAAACAACAUCAAGUUCUCAGCGUACCGGACGGCCAUGAAGCUGCGGCGGGUGCAGAAGGCUCUGAGAUUGGACCUGCUGACGCUGGUGAGUGUGGUGGACGUGUUCAGGGAGCAGGAUCUGCAGCAUGGGGAACAUGUGAUGGAUGUGGUGGAGAUGAUUCAUGCCCUGACCGGCCUGUAUGAGAGACUGGAGGAGGAGAGAAGGGCCAUCGUGGUCAACAUCCCUCUCUGUGUCGACAUGUGCCUCAACUGGCUGCUCAAUGUCUACGACAGUGGUCGCAAUGGAAAGAUGCGCGUCCUCUCCUUCAAGACGGGACUGGUGAGCCUGUGCAAUGCGGAUGUUCAGGAGAAGUAUAAAUACUUGUUCAGGCAGGUGUCUGGUCCAGGGGGUCUGACCGACCAGCGUCACCUCACUAUGCUGCUUUAUGAAGCCAUCCAGAUCCCGCGACAGCUGGGAGAGGUGGCCGCCUUCGGAGGGAGCAACGUGGAGCCCAGUGUACGCAGCUGCUUCCGCAUGGCCCCAGGUAAGCUAGCCAUCGAGGUAUCACACUUCCUGGAGUGGAUGAGUCUGGAGCCUCAAUCUGUAGUGUGGCUGGCUGUUCUGCAGCGUGUGGCUGUGGCCGAGUCCGCCAAGCACCAGGCCAAGUGUUACAUCUGUAAACAGUGCCCCAUCAAGGGAUUCAGGUACCGCAGUCUUAAACAAUUCAACGUGGACAUCUGCCAGACGUGCUUCCUCACAGGACGCACCACCAAGGGAAAGAAGCUCCACUACCCCAUCAUGGAGUACUACACCCCAACCACCUCAGGAGAAAAGAUGCGGGACUUUGCCAAAACGCUGAAGAACAAGUUCCGGUCGAAGCAGUACUUUAGCAAGCACCCUCAGCGGGGCUACCUGCCUGUCCAGUCGGUGCUGGAGGCUGAGAACUCUGAGACGCCGUGCUCCUCUCCCAAGCUACCCCAUGCAGACACACACAGCAGAAUCGAGCACUUCGCUAGCAGGUUGGCGGAGAUGGAGAACCAGAAUUGCUCCUUCUUCACGGAUAGUCUGUCGCCUGAUGAGAGUCUGGAUGAAGAUCAGUACCUCCUGCGUCACUCCAGCCCCGGCACCCUGGACCAGGACUCCCCCAGCGGACAGCAGAUGCUGCUGAUCCACCUGGACUGUCAGGACAAGGACGAGCUGCAGAGAACGCUAGCCCGUCUGGAGAAUGAGAACAGGGUGCUGCAGGGGGAGUGGCGGCGACUGAAGUGGAGGCAUGAGGAGGCGGCGGCGGCGCCCCAGUUGACGGAGGGGGGUGAGGGGUGUCCGGGAUCGCCCACGGGGGGCCAGCAGGACGAGGAGCUCCUGGCUGAGGCGAGGGUCCUUCGGCAGCACAAGACUCGCCUAGAGACACGAAUGCAGAUCCUGGAGGACCACAACAAACAGUUGGAGUCCCAGCUGCAGAGGCUACGAGAGUUAUUGCUGCAGCCCAAAGAUGACUCGGAGGCCAACGGAUCGGAACCUUCAUCCCUGUCAUCUCCGGUGUCAGGGGGAGGCCGUCAGGGGGACGGACCCAGUAGAGAGACCACAGACACAGAGGCCGCGGGAGAUGGAGACGAGGAUCAUGAACAGGACACAGUGCAGCAGCUUCAGGAGGUCAUAGAGCAGCUGAGAAACGUCUUCCCUUCAGAACCUGGAGCAACGUCACUCAUCUAACCUAGGGCGGGGCCUGGAGUGCAGAGUGAUGCCUGAUGGGAUGCGUGAUGGCCCGUGCCCCAUAUAGCUGCCGUCAGAGAGCUGACCCCUCUCCCUCACCCCUGUGGGAGCCAAAGGCUAACAGCUAAUGCCAACGUCCAGGACCAGCCACGCACUAUGCUAACAAGCUAAGGCUAAUGGAUAAUGUUAGCGGUGCAGCCAGACACUGUGUUAACCAGCUAAGGAAGCUAACGGCUAAUGUUAGCAGCCCAGCCAGGCAGAAACUGUGUUAGCUAUGGCUAACGCUAGCAGCCCAGCCAAGACACUGUGCUAACCAGCGUCUGUGUAGUUGCCCGAAGGUGUGAAGCCUUAUAUCUGUACAGCACAAGGACAUUCCACGAAAAUGACUUUGACACAAUGCAAAAACGGUUGGGGAUUUUCCCCAUGUUUUGUUCUGUCUGAGUGCCAGUAACUGUGUGCUCCUCUCAGUAUGUAUGUGUGUUUUCCUUAUUCCCCCCAAUGCGUUUCAAACUUCUCUUUUUUUUUAAUGGGGCGUUCAUGUGCAUCACUGUUGAUUUGGGACAGGCUGGCUGCAUUUCAUGCGGCUGUGAUUGGGUGGCUGCGGCAGCCGUACCCAGAGCAGAACAGAGCAGAUUGCCGGGUAGCCAGCGGGACCCACAACGAGCUUAUUGACACUGUGGGACUGACACAUCAUCAGUAAAACCCAAUGAUUUAUUUAAGACAGUCAAAGUGCCCCCCAGGCCAGGCAGCCCUGCUUCUGUGCACUGUGAGUUUCACUGCUUCCAUCACACGCAGCACACAGACACACGUACGCAUUGUUUCAUAUGAACGCUCAUUCUGUACUAACACACAUUCAUAUCAACAUUCAUAUCACACAGGAAAACAAAAAACAGAUACACACACACACACAGCCACACACACGCUUACACCCACAUCCACGAGCAGUGGAGCGAGAUAGGCUGUGAAUAUGCCUCGUAGUGUUCAGAAAGAGGGUCUCGAGUCGAGGCUAAUUUGUAUCAUGCCUAAGUGUGUUUAUCUGAGAAAGUGUCUAGCGUUAAAUGCCGGGCCCUCCACUGUGGACUCUGGCUCCUCUCUCCCACUGUGCACAGAUGGGGAGGCAGGGUGCACAAGCCCCCCCCCCCCAUCAUCUCCAAGGACACUAGGAAGGAUUGACCACAUUAACCCAGCGGCCCAAUUCCAAAUCAACUCUUAGCCCUUUCUACAUGGCACAUCAUCUGAAAUGAUCAGAUAAGCAAUAUGCUAAUAACUUCACUUUUCCCUCUGCUGGGUGGAAGGCUCACCAUAUUUCUUCUAUAAACAUUUCAGGGGUACACAAAUGCCUAGGAUAGUAGGAGCUAGAGUCUGAUAUGGGAUUGGGCUACCAUCACACCAGGAUCAUGUGACAAUCCAGGCAGAGGACAGUCUAUUUGCCUUAAACCCAAACAGAGCCCGUCACGGUCUAAUACGUGUGUUUUCAUGCUGCUACCUGAAACAUUAUUGAACAGAGUUGGCCCUGGCUCCCGCUUUCCCUCUCUUCUUUUCUCUUUUUAUGCUUGUGGCCAGAUGUUAAAGUACUGGCUCAGUGUGUUCACUCAGCGUUUUCGCAAUCAGAGGACAAGAUUGGAUCAGUGGGGUGUUGUGGGUGGAUGUGGAUUUCAUACAAGGUGAGAUUCGGUUUAGGGGUCUGGGGCAUUUUGCAUUGUAUUUGUGGAUUUAGAGAGGCUUUAAGAGUAUGGAAAGGGAAGACAGUGGGAAUUCACAGCGCUAGAGCGGCCUAGCACCUGAGAGACUAGUUAGAAAAGGCUGGGGUCAAAUAGGGUUUUUUGGAGGCGUGGAGGGAGGACGGAUGGAAGGUGGAAGGGAGGUGGAAGGGAGGCUCGGGAGGGGGUGGAGAUCUGAGAGACAAGAGGAAGAAAUGGUCCGUUUAUCACUCCUGGGCUGAGCUGAAAGGAGCGAUCCACUAUGAUGUGCUUGCCACAGCAAAUCUCCAGAAAGAGACAGACAGGAGGUGAGUUAUUUCCUGGGAAAGAGGAAAGAUGCUCUGGGUUUAUUAUGUAGCAUACCACUUCCAUAACCAUAAAGUUAUUACACCCACAUUCGCAGGGAGACAUGAUGCGAAUGGUUUCCAAUAAUCCAGAGAACGUCCUGACCUUAUUGGCCAAGAACAAGAUGUGUUUGAAUCCCAUCUCGGUAUUCGUUAGGCUUUAUCCCCUCCAGGCGCCAACGUUCACAUUUGACAUCGUUGAGCGCCGCUGUGCCUGUCUUGUUUGUUUUGAUGCCGUUGCUAGGGAACUGUCCCCCAAGGACACGGCGCUGCAGGUCGUGAGUCGGCAAGGUGGGGCGCCGUCCAUAAUGGAAAUGCUAAUAACCAUAUGGGGAAGAGAGAGUGCCUCGUUUCCAUACCUCCCCCUGUCCUCCCCCACCUUAAUGAGGCCUGCCACUGUUUAGUGUUUAGCUGGCAUACAGUAGAUAGUCGUUAUCAUCUGUUCUACCUUUUUCGAGCGCUGACAUGCACCGGCAUCCUUUCUUACCUAACAUGUCAGGAUCCAGGAACAAAGAAGUGCUCGAGUGGGAGAAAAAAAAAACAUCCAACACAAAGAAAUGGUAACUCCUUGGAAACUCUUUAAUGUUAUACAUCUCAUUACACCUUGAUGAGCCACCCUGAACAUAGAGUACUUGAGGCUAUGACUAUAUGCAGCAGUGGCCACAUCGCAUCUCUCUCUGUGUGUGAAAUAAUGCAUCUAUUGAACUAUAGCUGGGGGAAGAGGUUAGGCCUAGAAACCAAAAGGAACUACCCAUAGGUCCUGUAGACCUAUAGAAAUGUUUUGUGUAUUUUGGACGAUAGUGAGGUAUGAGAGGCAAGGUGGAAUGAAUGAUUACACCACUGUGGCAUGCAGUUCAUCAGACAGAACUACAGUUGAAGUCGGCAGUUUACCUACACUUAGGUUGGAGCCAUUAAUUUUUCCAAAAGUUGUUUACAGACAGAUUAUUUCACUGUAUCCCAAUUCCAGUCAGUCAGAAGUUUACAUAGACUAAGUUGACUGUGCCUUUAACCAGCUUGGAAAAUUCCAGAAAAUAAUGUCAUGGCCUAAGAAGUUUCUGAUAGGCUAAUUGACAUCAUUUGAGUCAAUUGGAGGUGUACCUGUGGAUGUAUUUUAAGGCCUACCUUCAAACUCAGUGCCUCUUGGCUUGACAUCGUGGGAUAAUCAAAAGAACUCAGUCUGGUGCGAAAAGUGCAAAUCAAUCCAAAGAACAACAGCAAAGUACCUUGUGAACAUGCUGGAGGAAACUGGUACAAAAGUAUCUAUAUCCACAGUCAAACACCAAGAACACCAUCCCAACUG